CUGGCAGGGAUCGAACCAACGGAUCCUGACUUAACAGGCGAGUGCGAAAUAGUGGAUCUAACAAUAACAUCCAGAAAUCCGAGCGAAGAUGGGUGUGCAGUUCUGAGUAAAAAGGUUUCCUAGAAAAUUUAGAGCAUUAAAUGGUAUUGACCAGGCCAUUUGCGUCUAACAAAAAGCCAUGAUCAUAAUUUCGAACAAAUCUUUAAGAAUCUGCAUUCAAGGCUGUUAAUGCUUGUAAUUACUCACGCUAAGACAAUAAGUCGUUAAUGCUCUGAUGCUUAGCAAAGGAUUAGAACUACUAUUGCGAAAAAUUUACACUUAUAAUUAGAGCCUUAUCUAGAGAACUGGGAACUGAUUCCUCCACACAUCAUGGAACAUGUUUUUAUUUGCGGGCUAUUUGGUCUGCUAUGUAUGUCAAUUUCCUGCUGACCAAUAUAUGAAUUUUUACAUGCGCAGGGUUUAAUUGACCGUGAAGAGGGUAACAAUAUUGAAGCGCUACGCAAUCUACAAAAGGCACUCGACUUAAAUUCCAAAAGCAUAGAAACCUACAAGGAGAUUGGGAAAACACUUUUCAUUAUGGGUAGUUUCAAUCAGGCGUUAAAUCUAUUUCGUGAAGCUGAAGAGCUUUCACCGCGACAGGAUCACGAAAUUUGUCAUUUUAUUGGAGAACUUCUGCAUCGCUCAGCGGCGGCGGCCAAUCAAUUAGCAGUUGCCCGACACGAGGAAGCUGAAGCGAAGGUGUAUUUUGAAAAGGCAGUGCAAUCUGGUAAAAAACUGGAAAGCUUUCAACGGCUCGCAGAAAUAUUGCGCAAGGAGAAAGACUAUGCAAAGGCAAUUGAAGUGCUUGAGAACUGUUUGCUUUUAUCGCCUGAAAAUGUUGAAGUACUUACCGAAAUUGGGGUUUUAUGUUUGAAAAUCAACGACACUCAAAAGGCGUUCGAUCGAUUAUCUGAGGUUAUUUGCUUAGAUAGGAAAUGUCCAAAGGGUUUAUUAGCUUACGGUGCCAUUUUACAGUCGCGUAACGAUGUCGAUGGGGCUUUGGGAAAAUAUCGAGAAAUUACAAUGACCGAACCGGACAUUCCAGAAUUGUGGAAUAAUAUUGGAUUAUGUUUUUUUAAAAAGAGGCCACAAAAAAUAAUUGCGGCAAUCUCUUCAUUGCGUAAAUCCAUAUGGUUCUCACCGCUUAAUUAUAACGCCCUUUAUAAUUUAAGUUUGAUUUACAUAUCCGCACAACAAUACGCCAGCGCUUUUCACACGCUUGCCGCAGCCAUCAACUUGCGCAAGGACAGCGCGGAAUGUUAUAUGCUGCUCGGAAUCUGUUUGCGUAAGUUGGAGGAUGGCGAGAAUGCUUUUAAGGCCUUUCAACGAUCGAAUGAAAUACAACUACUUUACCACCAACAGCAGCUGCAGCAGCAGGAACAGCAACAACAGCAACAUCAACAGCAACAUCAACAUCAACAGCAGAAGCAACAAGAAGCCGGACGUAAUCCACUAGUGCAUUUAAACUUUGCGCUCUUCUGCUACGAAACCGGACGCGUUGCGCUUGCUACAGAGCAAUUUACACGCUUUGUUAGUUCCUCGCAGGAUCUUCUCUUACCGACCGAAUAUAAAUUCCAAGCGACCAAAUUGAAAUCACUUCUCAAAAUUUCAACAAGUAAUGCAUUGACAUCACUAACACCGGCUGGUCUGGCAAGAGACGUCGACUUUCAGGCAUCUAAAGAGAGUAUCAGGGAACAUGAAAGCAACAGUGCUGACGAUAUCUAUGGUAUUUAUGGCGUAAAACGUCAGACAGCUGGUAACCAACAACGACUGCAGGAUACAAAGGCGAGAGCUCUGGAAACAGCGGCCCUCGCAGCUGCGACCUCAGCGCCAUCCGCAGAAAUGCCGCUUGAGGUGAACGCUGUGGUCAAUGCCUGACAACGUGAUGAUUGACGUAAUGGAGACGAAUUCUUAACCCAACAACCAGAUACUUCAGCAAAUCCCAACAACAAUGACAACAAAUAUAGCUCUCUAAGAUGCAGCGAAGAAAAUGCCGCGGAUGAUGAUAGCUUCGGCAAAGUGGUGGGACGUUGUGAAGAACAGAAAGCAAUGACAGACAGUGGAAACAUAAGCAGCAACAGCAACAAGAACAUAAACUUGACCCAGAGUGCUAGUGGUGUUGACAGUGAAGAGGAUAGCAGCUGUUGCCGAUAUUGUAUUUGCAUGCGACUGACAACUUGGUCGACGUAGUAACAGGAAUGUUUGUGAGAUAUUCAAUAUUCGUUGGAAUACAGCAGAAAUUGAAAGGGAAACGGAAAAACAAGGAAACUAUUGAAAACUAAAUGCAAAUUCUACUUAUAUGCACAUAAAUUGUACACGCUAUAUUAGGGUGAUCUUGGCGAAGAAAAUACAGAAAAUUAAUUUUUCUGAUUUUAUAAUCUAAUAAUUUUAAUUAUCUCACCAUAGAUAUAUGUGGUUAGGGUUUUUAUUUCCGCUAGAUGACAAUGAUUUUGAGAUAUCUGCAAAAUCCAUUGUAUUUACAUACAUAAGGAACUGAUGUUUACAAUGUGCUACACGCUAAUAAAGAAGCUGGAUUGAGAGAAUUCGCUUCUAUUUUAAGCAAGAAUUUCCAAAACCCUGGGGACUCUACUAAAUGUUAAACGGUUCCAUACUAAACCAUAAAAACUAUUUUUGGCGUUCUACUUUAGAGCCGCCCUAAUGUAAAUAUAAACGCAAGCACGUGAAAAUAAAAAAACCCUUUGUGUAAUAAUUAUAAUUGUAGUAAACAAACAAGUCGAUGGCUACGAAAUAAUCCUUUUUUUUUAGUAAAAUAAAGGUUCUUAAUUUCUCUUUUGUCAGUUGUCUGGAAAGUUUUGCUCAGUUUUAUUGGCCUUUGCACUUGCACCUGUAAAUACUAAGAUGAAAGUCAAAUGCGGAAAUAACAAUAAAUAGC